CGGGCCAACAAACUACCGCGAAACUUAGAAUCUAUUUGUCAUAAAAUGUCUUGUAUUACAAUUGAAAUGUCAAUUCGAAGUUUUCGUUAUUUAAAAACUAUUUGUAGUCAACCAUUCUUUGAUAAUUUGUAAUUAGUGUUACGACAAAGGUAAAACUGUUCGUUAAUUGCAUAACAACCAUUAUAAUUCGGAAUUUGUGAAUAAACAUAAAUAGAGACUGUGUAAACACAAAUUUGUUCGUGAGUUAUAGUGUCAAUUAUUAAAAUUGUUAGUAUCGAUAGUAUCCAAUAUUAUUUGCUUGUUUGCUUGCUCAAAGAAAUAAUUUAAAUAAUAAUUAUUUCCGACUAAUGGGAUAUUUAAUAGUAAAGUGACAGUGAUAUAACCUCGAAUAUGUAAGCAAACAUUAGAUUUUCAAUGUACUGCAAUGGAAUUAAAGCGUUAGAAUUGUAGUACAUUUAUUAAAAAUGGCUGAUGUAAGAUUACUUAUACAAGAAGAAGGCCGUGCAGCUAGAAAUUUGAUAGCUUUCAAUGUACCAGUCGGGACAGUUAACACUGAGAAAGUUACUAAAAAACCACCUAGUGUACCAAGAAUGUCACAAUCGAGUACAACUAAAAGAUCUAUGAAACCAACAACAAGAGUGAGAUCGGCGUCUACUGGUCGAGAUAAAAAAUCUGAAUUACAGGCAAGAUAUUGGGCCUUUUUAUUUGGGAAUUUGCAAAGAGCAGUGGAUGGGAUUUAUCAAACUUGCGAAGAAGAUGAAAAUAUUUCAGAAUGCAAAGAAGUAAUACUGGUUUUAGAGAAUUAUACAAGGGAUUUUCAUAAUUUGAUUGAAUGGUUUAAAGUCAAAUGGGCUUACGAAAGUUCGUCGCCACCCUUGAGACGUACUCCGUUAGCUUGGGAAGUAAGGAAAACUUCUCCUUGUCGCAUAUGGAAUUCAACAAUGAUUCCGAAAUGUACUAGUCCUUUGCAAAGGAUAAGUCCUACAGAAUUUAUUUGUAGAAGUCCUGUUGAUCAAACUAUUUCAGAAAAUAAGCCUAUUACUACGGAUAGUAAAAUAAAUAACGCGAAAGGCGAAUCUGUACACAAAUUGGUGAAAGAUAAUAAAAGUACUGUUACAAAAAGUAACUUGACAAACGUAAGCGAAAAGUGUAAAAAUCCAGUAGAUAAAGGUAUAAGCUCAUCAUCGAUUAAAGACAAGUUAUCAUCGAUGAAAGUCAAUAAAGCUUUGGUAAAACAUACAGUUUCUGGGAAAACAAGUGGUACCAUUAUAACAGAUCAGAAAGCAAACGAAGCUACGUUUCGUGAUGUAAAAAGUAAGCUGGAUACUAAAAAUGUUUCUAAAUUAGUUAAAACUGGAUUGCAUAAUAGUACCAAUAAAAUAGCAGAUUCUAAUCUAAUAAUAGAAAAAAAUGAACAGAUACUCUCUAAUGAUAAAAGUAUGCAAUUAAUUACCUUUUCAUCAACUGAAAAAGAACUUUCUAAUACGACUACUAUGGAUAAUAAAUUAAAUGCUCAGAAUAAUUUCCAAGUGAAACCAUUGGGUCCUAAAAACGAUUUAGGAUUAGGGAAAAAUGAAAUUAAUGCUAAAGUGAAGAAACAAGGUACUGGAAAAGAUAUUAAAGCCAUUGGCAUAGAAAAUGUAACGACUGAAAGCAAAUUAGUAGAACCCAAUAGUAUAGCAAAAGAAAACAGCAGUAUCAUUGUAAUGAACAAGAGCAUACAAAGUAUCGCAAAAGUUUCAAAUAAAGUAAAUCAAAAAUUAAAAACCCAUUCAGGUGUGAGCGAUUGCGCGAAUAAUAAAAUUGUGGCAAAAACUGUAUCUGACACGUCAUCUAAUAAUUUAGGUAAAGGAUUAGUUAAUACAAAUAAACCAGCAUAUGCAACAAUAUCGCAAAUGAAGGUUGCUAGAACAAAACAUGCAAGUCUCCCUGAAACUCCCAAAUUUAUUCGAAGUAAAACAACAUUAUGCGAUAGGAAUGUAUCAACUUCUAAUAAAAUAAGACCUGGAACAUCAGUAAUAGUUAGGCAACGCUUUCAACCAUUUGACAAUAAGAUUUCAGAACAGAGUUCUUUAAAGAAAGAUCAGAAUAAAGAUAUAAAUGGUUCAGUAGAAGUGUUAACGAAACAAACGGUUACUGUAAAAAUGAAAGAAGAAAACGAUGGUUGGCAAACAGUUCGCAGUCGUUGCCGAAGAGGCAGUACUCAUAAUUUAAAUAUAUCUACAAGAUUUCAUAAACCGAGUACUGCCACUUCGUUACCAGCCUUGUCCAUCGAAUGUCCUUCAGAAAAAAAUAAAAAGAAAUGUUUGACACCCGAUGGAAAUAGCAAACAGAAAAAAAAGUGCAUUGUAGAAAAGGAAGGAAAGAACAUAUGUAACGAAGUAGAGAAAGUGAAAGGGGAAUCAGUAGCAAGUCUUACACUUAAAGAUAAGGUGGAAGAAGUUUUCAAGAACACGAUUAAUUUGAAUGAAAUAAAUUCCACGUCAAUGAUCGCAGCGAUAUUUAAGAGUGACGCAGAAUUACUUGAGAAACGUAUACAACAAUUUAUGGCCGCUCAAGCGGAAAGGGAGAGAAUAAUUUUGGAAGAGGAAAGAAAGACAGAAGAAGCUGAUUCUCAGCGGUCACAACAAUUAUCGGAUGAAGAGGCUUCUUUGCAUAGACAAAUUUUAGAAUUAGAAUGCACGGAAACCGAUGUUGAUACAGAAACUGAUGAAACGGACGGCGAGAUGGUUCUUGAAAUAGAAGACGAGCAAGAGGCAUCACCUAAUACAGUGUCUGACGAUAUUAGUUUAGAAAAUAGGUGUGUAUCAUAUUCAUUGCAUUUAUACUUUAUUUUGCUGCAUAACGAAUGUAAUGUGAAUUUUUAUAGAUAUGAUAACGUGUUAGAUGGAAUGUCUUGGGCGGAGUGUGUGGAUACCCUUGCUCAAUUACAUGCAUUAGUGGCUCGCCACCCUGGUAGAGCUUUAGAAUUGCAUCAGAAGCUCUCGUCACCGUCGCGUAAAAGAUCGUUACCUGAGACAUUACGACGAUAUCAAACGAAGCAAGCUUGCGCGCAACAUAAACGCCAAAAGCUCUUGAUGGAGAAAUCGCAAAGAUUGCGAGAAUUGUUGAAUAAAGUGAAAGAUGUUAAAAGUGCAAAGAAUCAGUUGAUAGAGGACAAGCGUAUCAGAAUGGAGAUGAAAUUAAAAAGAGCGGAAGAAAACAGAACGCAGCAUUUGUUAGAAGUAGUAAGAAAAGCACACGACGAGGACUCCAAACUGAAAGAAAUUGCAUUUAUCAACGAGCUUGAAGCGCAGAACAAGAGGCAUGAUUUUAUAGCGUUAUGUCAAGAACAAGAAGAACGAUUACAAGGAAUUCAUGAAGAACGCCAACGUCGACAAGAAGAAAAAGCAGCUAAAGAAGCAGCAGCUGAGGAGCGCAGACGAGCUUUAGAAGCGGAAAGACAGCUACGCAUUCAGAAAAUGAAACAAGCUCGUCGCGAACGCGAAGAAAGAGUGGGCAAAAUGCAGCUAGAAAGAGAAAAAGAACGACAGGAACUCGCGCGAGAAAAAGCCAGAGAUCGAGAAGAACGUUUGUCAGCAUUGCACGCAGCUCAGUUAGCAAAUCAAGAAGAAUUACAGAAGAAGAUAGCUCAAAAGCAGCAAGAAUCGGCUAGGAGACAUGUUGAGAAUAUUGAGCACAUUCGACAAAGAGCAGUCGAAUCUUCGAUUUUGAGGUCGGAGGAAGUGCCACCUACCCUGAAAUCGUACCCUACCCAAAAACAGUGCUCUUUAUGCGGAACAGUCAUACCCAAUGAAGUUUAUUUAUUAAGCCAUUUAAAAGGGAAGACGCAUCUCGAAGCAGUGCGGAGUACACACGAUGGUCGGGAACCAUCUCGAGACGAGUUACAGCGCUUCAAUAUAUCGCAAAUUCGCGAUUUGCCGCCUUCGGUGAUCGAAAAUAACAAUUCGAAUGAUGUCAAGGCUGCGAAAGAGAAGCAGAAAGCUUUGAAACGUCGGUGCAGGAAAAUGAAGCAGCGAAUGAUUUUACGCGGUAAAGAAUGGGAAGAUGAUCACAAGGUUGACGUAAACCAAUCCACCGAGUCGACAAACAAAGCAAAGUUUCGACGGAAUUUAAAAGAACUGGAUCGGUUGUACUGUAACCACUCGAAAACUGCGUGGUCAAGCGUCGCCAUUGCUGCAUUGGAACGCUGUCUAGGCGAAAUAACACGAGCUUUCUCAAAAUCGUGUCCAUUGGAUCAAAACGCGUUUCGACUUUUGAAUGGAUUCGAUGUUUUAACGAAUCUCCUACAUCUGGGCCUGCAAAUGCAAAACGCGUCCCAUAAUCUUCCAAACAAAAGCAUCGUUUCGGUGUGCCGAGUGUACAAGUUUAGCGUCAGCGAAAAUAGCAGUAACAUCGAAGCAGUUUUAUCGAGUAACAAAAUUCUGGUCAUCCUGGAUCUUCUACUUCAACACUUGGAGAGCCUGUCGAAACUGGACGACCAUAUCCAGGUCCAGGAAGCAUCGAGUAACUCGACCGGAAGCGGAAUCGUCGCUAACAGCGUGAUGCAAUUGCUGUGCAGUUUGAUCCCCGAGGAGCCGUUUGAGAAAUCGGAACUGCAGACACGGGUGCAAGAUAUCGCCGGAUAUCUGGUGGCAGGUGGCCUGGUGGAUCGAGUGUCCCGCCACAGUCGCGCUCUGAUCGAGGCUGAGUUUUUCGUGGACCAGGAUCACGAAUCGCCACUUUUGAUAUCCUCCUACGAUCUUCUGUUCCGCAUCUGUUCCCACCUGAAGAAACCUCCGGACCAGGAGUCUGGCAGCGUUCACGAGAACAACAACAGCGUGGAACAGACGAUCGUAGAAUCACACCUUCUCGCGACGCUGUCCUCAACCGAGGCUGCAGGUGCCAUUGGCGCACUUUAUGCAGCGGUCGCGCUCACCCCACAGAAUCAGAAGGGGUCGUCGCCGACUCCUAACCAGACCACGAUGCCCCAGUCCACGAGGGUUCUGAUCGUCAAGUGCCUCAGGCUACUCAAGUCCAUUGCAGGGCUGAAUCUUUUGAGAUUACAGAAUCUGUUAGGAAUGGAAGGUACCAGUUUGCAAUGGCGACUGAUAGCUAGUCAUCUGAUAACUCGAUUAUCACGGGAUCCAAUAUCGCACAAGCCGGAAAUUGGAUCUGCGCAGAACACUAGUAGUACUUACAUCCUGUCGGAACUGUUCCAGGUUCUGGGGUAUUUUGCAGUUAACAACCCGGAAAAUCAGUUAAUACUGCAGUCGGCUGGGGUUGGUCCAAGCGUUCUACAGCAACUGUGUACUUUGCCGUUUCCGUUUUACGGUGCUCCAGGACUGACGUCGUACAUUUUCCCAACACUAUUGGCGGCCACGCAUCGAAACGGAGAGGCGACGGCCAUUUUGUCUUGCGAAAUGUCUUAUCAGUUGCUGGAAGAGUACAGAGAUUCAGACGACGGCAAGCUGAAUCCUUUGGUUCGUCUACUGAAGGACCCGAGUCCUUAGGCGUUCCAGCCAGAGUUGGGUUAGUCUGCUUGAGUUUCGUCAAAUUUCUUCGUUACACGCCACGAAUGUCACGUGGACGUUAAAACGCUGGACCAUUAACUCGUAUUCCGUUCGGAAACGUCGGACAGGAGAAAAUUGUUGUUAGGUACGUCCAUCGUUAGUUGAAAAGCUGUUGCAUUUGCGCGCCUCGAGGCUGGGACUCGAAGGCGACUAUCUUUACCAAAUGCACACUCGCGAACAGUGUCGAGACGUUAAGAGUGAUUAGCGACGUAUACUUGGAGGCAAAAUUUCUACCCAGUCGAAUCUCUACCAAUCAAUCGAAAUGACAAUCAAUCGAAGGGUUUUUGCAGAAAGUGACACAGACAGAGAGGGGCUGCUCGAGUUCUGUUGGACUUGAAAGUGCUGCUGACAAUCAAUUACGUGGUCAGAAAAUAAUUCCUGAUAUCAUUGUGGUAUCGAUAGCACUCCCGAAGGUAUUACUUCACUCACUAAUAAAAUAUUUUCCUCGUUAAUCGAACUGUCUUCACACUCUGACUUAUUCUUUGUAUUUCGAUUUUCGAAAUUCUGAAAAGAAUUCUGAAAAGAAAGACUCUGAAAAGAAUUCUGAUCCUAUCAUUUCUGAGCCCAAUGUUCCAAAUUAAACUGCAUCAAUCGAUAUCAAAAUGAUAACAUAGAUAAUUUUCUCAAGUUAGCAGUACUUCCAGAACAAUAACGUGUUCCGAACUUCGAUCUCGUGAUACGUGGUAUUUGAAUAGCAAUAGGGACCUUGAAAAGUAUUUUUUUACUCGUGUAGAAAACACGACGAUACUGUGAUAAUUUGCUACGCUCGAAUUCGAGAUGGAUGGGCGGGGCGAAUUAUUUCGUAGAGCUUUGUUUUUCUGGAAAACGAAGUCUUUUCCAGUCGUCUAAGGAUGACUUUUCUUAACGUUAGCUUUUGUAGGUAUAUAAUCGUUGUGAUUUCUCGACGAAUUGUUAAAUUGGUCGAUUAAUUGAACGGUGUAUAGUUUGACACAUUAGAAACGGUCCCUGGUAGGCGUGGCCUGUGGGUGGUGGGAGUGAAACUGGGCGUGGACGGUGCGCGGUGAGAGGUGAUCCUAGGCGUGACCUGUGCGUGGUAGGGGUGAAACUGGGCGUGGUAUGGUGAACCGUCACGCUUUUUUUGCUUCUAUUUGGGAGAUCCGAACUUGAAAUUGAAGUUCUUCCACCGUGGUCUUUCUGAGGGGUCUUAUCUGAGUUGUCGAGCUGUAACUUUUAACGUAGUCUCAUUGUCUUAUAAGUUGGGAAAAUGGUUUCCUCUUUAUAAGCUUGAUUUCACGUUACCUUAUAUCUAGUAGAACAACAUAAAAUUUUUAUUUAUCUUUGUUAAAUUUGUAAUUGUUCUCAUCUUUCGGAUAUUCGUUUAGAGAAAUUGGAUGAUACAACUAGUCAGUCCUACUGUUUUCUUUUUACAUUUAAUGAAUUUAAUUUUCUCUUGGAACUUUACAUAAUUUUGUAAAGAUGACGUUGAUUCUUUUUUGUUAAUUAUUAUAUUGUGUUAGCCUUAUAUAUUCAGUUUAAUAGUUUAAUUCUUUAUUUUUUGUUUUAUUAGAAGUAGUCUCGUACUUAGAUAAUUCGAAAUGGAGAAAAGGGAAAAUGCAUUUUGAAAUCAUUUGAAAAAUGUGAAAAAAAAAGUAAAGUAGUUAUCAUUAGGCAUUAUUCAUAAAUAGCGUUAGAGUUUAAUCGAUAAUGAAUUAUAUUUUCGUUAAAUGGAAUGUGACGAAGAAUUUUUAUUUUUUAUCUUAAUGAAUUUCACUCUUACUUGGAAGAUCUGAUUUGAAAACGAGGAGCGUUUCGCUUGAACAGUCAACUGAAUUGCGACUGAAGGAUCGAUUUGUUUCUGUACAAAAACUCUUCGGUUUUCUUUCAAUCUCGUGAUGGACGCACGUAAGAAAACAAUUUUCGUGCGAGUUUCAGAGAUCGCCGUUGAAAUUGCCAGUUAUUUGCUGAGCGUAAUCGAAAUUUAGCACCAUUACCAACUGUCUCUUACGAGGUAACGAAUCUCUUUAUUUUCCGUUGCAAGAAAUAGCUUUAACGGGUUCGCGAUUUACGAUUUACGAUUGUAAUUGUUUAUUGUUUGGAGCUGGAGAGAUUACCACGAAAUAAAGGCUUUUUACCUGUGGUUCUCUCGCACCUGCUCAGGUUAUGAAUUUACCUGAGAUUUACAAGAUGUUCCUUUAUAAAAAAACGAAACAAAAUUAUUUAAAAUUAAUUAUUACUGUCAUUCAAAAUUAAUGCGGAUCUUUAUGGCAACAUAAAUUGUUUGCAAAUGUACCUAAAGAAAUUAAACCUAAAUAGGAAUUUAUUUUAUUCUGCAAAUAUUAUAACGUGAACUUUACUUUCAAUGUUUUGUUUAUAUUCAUGGCAUAUUGUUUGCAUUUUGUGGUUUCUUAAACAUUCACAUUUCCUAUAAAUGCAUAAAGAUACCAGUUUAUUUAUAUUACCGAGCGUCUCCCGUAAAAAAGAGUAUAAAUUCAACCAACAGAUGGCACUUCCCAUAGACCUUGCUCCACCCAUAAGGCGUGGCUAAUACCUCGACCAAUAGGGCUCUGCAUUCCUUCCGCGACAGAUCUCUCCAGCUACCAACAGUACAUUCGAACGUUUCUUAGUGCACUCAUUUCUCUUGUUUUCACGCGUGCCAACAAUUCGUGCAAAAACGUGUCUUUUGAACGGGCCUUUUACACAUCGUUAGAAUUAGAACGAUGCUAAUCCAUGUGUGUGUAUGUGUGCGUGUGUGUGUGCGUAUGCGUGGAACCAUGCGAACCGUACCAAGACGGUAUUCAAAUUUUUUUUUAUCAUGUAACGUGUUUUACAUAAUAGAAAUAAUUACAAGCUUUGUAUUA